CCACCCAAAGCCGCCGGAGCCCUAUCCCCUCAGCGAAAGCCAGAUGCUGCUGCCGCCGCGGCCACUGGAUACUAAAUAUUUAUACCACCCGCCCCCUUGAUUCCGAGACGGCCUCUUCCCCUUCCCCCUCUCGCGCCGUCUGGUUCUAGGCAAGCACAGGUUUCGAGUGGAAGGGAGGGAGGGCGGUCGGUUCAUUGGGAAAUGGCGCAGGCGGUGGUGCCGGCGAUGCAGUGUCAGGUCGGGGCGCGGGGCAAGGCGGCCGUCCGGGCGAGGCCGGCGGGUGCGGGAGGAAGGGUGUGGGGCGUGAAGAGGAGCGGGCGCGGCACGUCCGGGUUCAAGGUGAUGGCCGUGAGCACGGAGAGCACCGGGGUGGUGCCGCGCCUCGAGCAGCUGCUCAACAUGGACACCAAGCCCUUCACCGACAAGAUCAUCGCCGAGUACAUCUGGGUUGGAGGAUCUGGAAUUGACCUCAGAAGCAAAUCAAGGACAUUAUCAAAACCAGUGGAGGAUCCCUCUGAGCUACCGAAAUGGAACUACGACGGAUCAAGCACAGGGCAAGCUCCAGGAGAAGACAGUGAAGUCAUCCUAUACCCCCAGGCUAUCUUCAAGGACCCAUUUCGAGGUGGCAACAACAUAUUGGUUAUCUGUGAUACUUACACACCAGCUGGGGAACCCAUUCCUACUAACAAACGCCACAGGGCUGCACAAAUAUUCAGUGACCCGAAGGUCGUGGACCAAGUGCCAUGGUUUGGCAUUGAACAGGAGUACACUUUGCUCCAGACAGAUGUGAAUUGGCCUCUUGGCUGGCCUGUUGGAGGCUACCCUGGUCCCCAGGGUCCAUACUACUGCGCUGUAGGAGCAGACAAAUCAUUUGGCCGUGACAUAUCAGAUGCUCACUACAAGGCAUGUCUUUACGCUGGAAUUAACAUUAGUGGAACAAAUGGGGAGGUCAUGCCUGGUCAGUGGGAGUAUCAGGUUGGACCUAGCGUUGGUAUUGAAGCAGGAGAUCACAUAUGGAUUUCAAGAUACAUUCUCGAGAGGAUCACGGAGCAAGCUGGCAUAGUGCUUACUCUUGAUCCGAAACCAAUUCAGGGUGACUGGAACGGAGCUGGUUGCCACACAAAUUACAGCACAAAGAGCAUGCGUGAGGAUGGAGGUUUUGAAGUGAUCAAGAAAGCAAUCCUGAACCUUUCUCUUCGCCAUGAUCUGCAUAUUAGUGCAUAUGGAGAAGGAAAUGAAAGGAGGUUGACAGGAUUACAUGAGACAGCUAGCAUAGACAACUUCUCAUGGGGUGUGGCAAACCGUGGCUGCUCUAUCCGGGUGGGGCGAGAUACUGAGGCAAAAGGAAAAGGCUACCUGGAAGACCGUCGCCCGGCAUCAAACAUGGACCCAUAUGUUGUGACAUCGCUACUGGCUGAAACCACAAUUCUUUGGGAGCCAACCCUUGAGGCGGAAGCUCUUGCCGCUAAGAAGUUAGCGCUGAAGGUAUGAAAAACUUGAAAGCUGGUUGAGGCGAAUAAAUCAGUCCGCAACAAAAUUGAUUGUUGUCCAUCGGUCUGGAUCUUGCGAUUCUGUUCGGCGCCAUUCUGUACAAAUUUACAGAUUCUAAACCCACAUUGUCUUAGAUUCGUCGGUUACCUUUUGCUUGAACUUUGCAUUUGAUGUUGGUCUGUACUUGACUCCAUUUGGUACUGACAGUGAUGGACAGCGAAAUACAUUCGGUUACUGUGGUUCA